UUGGCUGUGCAGCAAACUCCAAGGCGCUUUGCGGGACUCCACAGUCGAACAUGGGGUGCAGUUUUUUCACCGCCUGCCUAAAGACACUUUGAAGAAUUAAAAACUAUGCAAGAUCCCUGCUGAAGAAGGAACAAUGUGUCAGUUUCUGUGAAGAAUUCACUCAUCUCCAUCCGCCAGCUUGCCAGAAAAGUUAAGAGAGAAAGAAAGAGAAGAGAAGAGAGAGAGAGAGAGACACGGGAGGCUUUACUGGAAACUUUCACAGUCCCUGGAUCCUCUGAGCUCUUCCAAGGACUCCAAUCAGGGAGUUUCAUGCUGAAUAUUUCUCAACUACUCUGAGGUCCAGGCUGUAAAGGGAGCAGUAGGUCUCUGAGCUCCAAUGCCAGUGGACAUGCAGCCACAUCAGGGGCUGUAUUACUAUGAUACCUCAUCCAGCCAGCCCUCCAGAGGCCUUGUCCCAUCAGACCAGUCUCCCUACACCGAAGUGUCUCCACUCCGAGCCCAGCUUCUUGAUGUCCCUUCCCAGGACUGCCACGCUAUGUACAAUCCCAUGACUCCCAACAUGACUCAUGGAUCAGGUCCGGUCCAGGGAAACAGCCACUGCUUGGAUCAAUACAUGAGGCCCCCUCAGGCCCCUCCGCCCCACAGUAUGAUGGGCCACAGGGGCAUGCCUCCCACAGAGGGUAGCAAUAGCACCCCCUACUGUAACCAGAAUAACAUGAUGUCAUCGCAUCCCACCUUCUGCCAGCUUCAGCCCGGCUCUGAGCAGAUCGCCUCUGGUGAUGGCUCCAGGUUCUCUACACCUUGCUCCAUGCUGAAGCUGAGUAAAAAGAGAGCUCUGUCCAUCUCACCUCUAUCUGAUGCCAGUGUAGACCUGCAGACAGUCAUUCGGACAUCGCCCAACUCGCUUGUGGCCUUUGUUAACUCUCGCUGUAACCCCAAUGGUGCCAGCUCCUACGGUCAUCUGUCAGUGAGCGCCAUGAGUUCAUCUCUGAGUUAUUCAAGCAACAUGAACUGCCACUCCAGACAACAAGGAUCCAUGUAUGGAGGAAACGGGGGUACACCUCUGGGUGUUCACACACCGGGUCCCUGCCAAGCUUCCCGUUUACCUCCCCACAAUCCCCGACUCCUCGCUCCGCCCAAGCACGGACACCUAAAAACAGAGCCAGGUCUGGUAGGUGUAAUGGACGGCAUGAAUGUGAAGAACCUGGAGGAAAGGUCAGAGGGAGAUGUAGCCAGCCCUUCUUCCACCGGUACUCAGGAUCAUCUGAUGGGCCUGCUUGAUGGCAGAGACGACUUGGACAAGGAGGACGGGAAGCCCGAGCCAGAGGCCAUCUAUGAGACCAACUGUCGCUGGGAGAGCUGCAACAAGGAGUUUGACACACAAGACCAGCUUGUUCACCACAUCAACAACGAGCACAUCCACGGAGAGAAAAAGGAGUUUGUCUGUCACUGGCAGGAGUGCUCUCGAGAACAAAGACCUUUCAAAGCCCAGUACAUGCUCGUGGUUCACAUGCGCAGACACACAGGAGAGAAGCCACACAAGUGCACUUUUGAAGGCUGUAAUAAGGCCUACUCUCGCCUGGAGAAUCUAAAGACCCACUUGCGCUCUCACACCGGGGAGAAACCCUAUGUAUGCGAACACGAGGGCUGCAAUAAAGCCUUUUCCAACGCUUCAGACAGAGCCAAGCACCAGAACCGAACUCAUUCAAAUGAGAAACCUUAUGUUUGUAAGAUCCCUGGUUGCACAAAACGAUACACCGAUCCAAGCUCAUUGCGUAAGCACGUAAAGACAGUGCACGGCCCUGAGGCCCACAUCACCAAGAAGCAUCGUGGAGACACUGGGCCACGGCCCCCUGGCUCAGCUCUGACCCCUGGAGGCCAAACAUCUGAGCUGCUGCUGGAAAAAGAGGAGACAUGCAGGGAAGACUGCAAACUGUUGGCACCUGAGAAUGCUCUGAAAUCCCAGCCAAGUCCCGGCGGUCAGUCGUCUUGCAGCAGCGAACGUUCUCCACUGGGAAGCACCAACAACAAUGACAGUGGUGUGGAAAUGAACCUAAAUACAGCAGGGAGCUUGGAUGACCUCACAGCUUUAGAAGAUGGAGUUGCAGGUGGAGGAGGUGGCGGAGGAGGGGAGCCAGGGACAAUGGGAAUGUCCACACAGGCUCUGAAGAGGCUAGAGAACCUGAAGAUUGACAAGCUAAAGCAAAUUCGAAGGCCAACUCCUCCUGGCCGCUGUGCCAGCAACAAGCUUCCUACCAUUCCUGGUUCAGGGGAGAACAUGGUACUGUGCGCACCUUCUCCACUUAAUCGACGAGUGAUGGAGCUGUCCAACCAUGAGCUCGGAGCUGGAAAUAUUGCGAGCUCCACUAAUGACAGGAGAGGAAGUGGCACAAGCAGCCUAAGCUCGGCAUACACAGUGAGCCGCCGUUCCUCUAUGGCAUCCCCUUACCUAUCAAGUAGACGCUCUAGUGAUGUCUCACAAAUGGGAGGCACAGCAGGUGGCGGAUGUCACCUUCUGAGUCCAGAACAAGCUGGGGGAGACCCUCUUACACCCGAAACAUAUCACAGAGGAGUUCCAUGUCCUGUAGGUGGAGGGUUACCAGGUCUCCCCAACUUAACACCUGCUCAGCACUACAGCCUGAAGGCCAAAUAUGCUGCAGCCACCGGUGGACCUCCACCCACUCCUUUACCUAACAUGGAGCAGCCCGGUACACCAGUUAGAAGAGGGGGCCCUUUGAGUGAGUACCAGGGGCAGCCCUUGCCUCCUUUUAUUCAGCAAGGAGGUCCUCGGCGGCGCAGUGCCAACACAGAAUAUGGUACCGGAGUCAUCUACCCUCACCAGGCUCCAGGUAACAACACUAGGCGGGCCAGUGACCCAGUUCGAUCAGUAGCAGACCCACAAGCUCUACCCAAACGCUUUAACAGCCUCAAUAAUGUGGCCAUGAUGGGCCGCAGAAAUGCACUACAACUCCGUAGCUCUGACACCGGUCUUUCCCGUCACAUGUACUCCCCUCGUCCACCUAGCAUCACAGAAAACGUAAUGAUGGAAGCUAUGGGUAUGGAGCCCCAUCUUAACACUGGUGAUACCAGGGAUCGUUCCAUGAUGAUGACCCCGGUUGAGAGAAGCUUUCUGAGUUACCCACAACAGAAUCAGACAAUGGGAGGUGGAGGUCCGCUUCCAAACCAGCUGUCCCCGAGCCAUGACUCACUGGGCUGCCCAGAACCCGGUUACAUGCAGCGGCACUACCAGAGACAUGGAGGAGAAGUAAUUUCCAGAGCCAGCGGGAAUCCAUUAGGUCAAGCAAGACCUACACAGCCAGAUGGAAUGUCAAAUACACUUCUUCAACAGGCUGAGUAUGGUAUGAGCACCUGCCAGCUGAGUCCUUCAGGCCCACAUUACCCAAGCCUAGGUCGGGGCAGUGAGAGUGGAAGUCCUUGGAAUGACAACCACAACCAAAUCCAAACUUCAAGCCAUGCAAUUCAGAACCAGCAAUCACUGCGGUACUCAGAUUCCAAUCUGCAGCCUCAACAAACUCAAGCUCACUUCAACAAUCAGACAGCCCUAUACAACAGUUCUGAUGUCACUCACAAACCUUUCAUCAAGCCCGAGCAGCAGUUCCACUCUGGUAUGGGUGGUGGAGAUGCCUGUCAGAGCGCUAAACUCCAACAGCAACGAAUCCUCCUCCAGCAAACACAGGCGUACCCCCAACAGAGUGGCCAAGGGAUUAUGAGGAACUCUAACCAUCCAAACUGUGACUUUCAAGGGCAGAACCCAGGUUCUUACUCUAGUGGAAGGGGCUUAAGCUUGGGCUGUGCUGGUUCAGCACUGUCAGACGGUCAAAGGUCAGAAACCCCAAUGAUGCAGGUGAAGGAGAUGAUGGUGAGGAAUUAUGUGCAAUCCCAGCAAGCCCUCAUGUGGGAGCAGCACCAAGACCAAGAGCAGCAGAAUGGAAUAAAGCCACCUUCUCUUUCUGACAACAUGGGUUUGAGUGCUCAAACAGCAAUGAUGCAACACAGUCCAGAACACCAGAAUCAGAACCUGUAUUCCAACCCGACGUAUCCCUCUUAUCCAGAACGUAAUCUGGUCAUGAGCCCUGCUGCCCACAGCCGAGGAUCCACUUCAGUUACACCUAAAGAUCAGCACCUGACAGGUCUCCAGGGUACAUGCUAUAAUCAGGAAAUGGUUGUACCCCGGCCACCUCAGGGACGCAAGCCUCUUAGCCGCCAGAAUAGUCUGCCACAGGUAGGAGGGGGUUAUUUGGGUGGCUCACCUCACAUCAGCCCUGUUCACUCCACUUCCAGCCCCAGGCGAGGGGUACGACUUCCACCUGUCCAGAAUCCACAACACCCUCCAAAUGAAAUGUUUUCUCCCUCCAACAACAACAUGUACUACACGGGUCAGAUUAAUAUGGAAAUGGAGAAACACAGGGACCCCCAGAAUGGACCUUGCCUUAACCAGCCGAACAGUAUGGGGCCAAACCUGGACCCAGCAGGUGACUCCAAGUCUGCCCCCAUGGCUCCCUAUCCGGAUUCUAGUCCGAUCUCGAAUGCCUUAGAAAACCUGGACUUAGAGAAUGCUCGCAUUGACUUUACGUCCAUCAUUGACGAAGCUGAUUCUUCAUCCUUUAGUCCAGUCAACAAUCGCCUUCAGGGUCAUCAAGGAUCUUCCUCUCAGGCUUCUUCCCGUCUCACCACCCCACAGACUUCUGUCAGCCUGACUCCAGGCACUGGCCUGUCCAACAUGGCUGUGGGUGACAUGACAUCCAUACUUACCUCACUGGCUGGGGAAAAUAAGUACCUGAACACUCUGUCUUAGAGGACUCUUCGGCAGCUAAGCAUGCAUUAGCUACAGAAAAGCAAUAAACACUGGUCUUGGCCUUGUGUUUAUUUUAAAAUUCAGAUUCUGUCACAUUGAUUAAAGGUUUAGCCAGACCAGAAAAACUUUAAAGUGAAACAGCUCAUAAAAUGGAUCAAUAUUAAAUAAGAAUAUACUGCCUUUAUCUCUAAAACCAGCUGUAGCUUACUGGAGACUCAUGUAAAAGGAACUGAUAAUACAAUCUAAUAGGUUUUGGGUGCAUGCUGAGACAAAACUACUAAUAUAGUCUAAUCACAUAUUAAAAAAAUAUGCAAGUCACCAUCAAAAACCUUAAAACCAAAGGUGCCAGCUUAUCCGCCAUUUAUGAUUUUUUCCCCCCUGCUGCCUUGGUAUGGUUGUUCUGUGCCUUAGUGUAAGAUAAAACAUUUUUUAUGAUCUGAACAUAGGAUGCUGAACAGUUUUUAUCAAUCAAAAAGGGCUUUGGCAACCGUGGAGCAUAGAAGGAUUUAUGUAAAUAUGUUUUAUAUAUAUACAAAAUGUGUAUACGACAAUAAGACAUUGAAUGGUUGUCUUUCGAUAGUUUGCUUGAUAGUUUGCUUGAAGCUCAAUGUUCAGGGGUUAGUUUUUUGUUUGAAGAGACAAGAAAGCUAUGCUUUUAGUGAUUGAGAAAUGUUUCUCUGACCUAGUAAAUCUUCUGUGUUACUCUUAAUUUCCUCUUUUUCAGUAUCAACACAAUCUGUACCAGCAACAUAUCAGUAUUCCUACAUAAUGCACCAAUGCAGAGCAGUCACAUGCAUUGUAACCCUGCACAUGUUCCUGCACACAGACACUCAGGCCUUGUUUUGAAUCUUUGGUGUUCACACUACAUGUAUGUUCAAAUUGCCUUUCCAGACAGAGAGUUUGCACUCCACAUGUUUACUUUAAAUGUUUCUAAAGCAGCUACUUUUUUAUCAGUCAUCUUUGUAAUAUAAUGUGCCUACUCCUACUGAGGUACAUAUUGUGAGCAAAGCUCAAGCAUAGUGCAUUUAUUUGUUUAUCGGCACCCUUGUUAAAGGUAUGUUAAAAGUGAGCUUUGAAAGAAGGUAAUCUUUUAUAGCAGUAGCAUAAUCUCACUGAAAAAUGCAGAAGUAUAUUUUUUGCAGCUUUUAUUUUUUAUUUCAUCAAAGAUGUUCAUUGAAAUUAAUCAGCAACUUUCUCAUUGGUGCACAAAUGGAAUAAAUAAUAACAACUAACAGGAAAAUACAGGAGACAAUAAGAAAGAAAAAUGAAAAUUGAAUUAUAUUAAACGUAGUGUUGCACUGGAGAGUAAGAUUAACACUGCACAAAUUGAAUUAAUUGUCUCUGGACCAGUGUUAGGUGUCUUACCCAUUGCUCAUGGGUAAAAACUUAUGCUCCUGUAUCUCCUGCUUUAGAGCAGAACGUAGAAGAGACAUUGACCCAGGUGUGAUAGAUCUGACGUGAUCUUCCUUGCCCUUCUAAGACAACAGGAGGUGUCUUUUAUUGAGGACAGACAAUGAUUUUCCCAGCUGUCUUAUCUUCCCCAGUGCAGUCUGGAGACUGAGACGACUCACAGAAGUGGUCAAUUUUAUGUUUUGUGAACCAUUUUCAUGCCAGAGUUGUGGAUCAUUGACUUGCUGAGUGACCAAUUGGUGAUUCAUUUUCAGUUAACUAGUACUGUCCAAAAGAUUUCUAUUUAAAAUCUCCUGGUAUUCCAAGCAGUUAAAUUUGCCUUGCACUUAACAAGGUUUUCAGGAACUUUUGAAAAGAAACAGGCGUCACAGAUUCUCCGCCACACUUAACAAUGGCCAUGACGUUCUUUUUCACAUAUUCAUUCUUUGUUUUAUGCUAGACCCAUCUGGAGGGUUUGUCGUUAAAAAGCUCAAUUUUAGUCUCAUCUGACCACAGCACGUUUACACGUUUAAGUCAAGGCUCGUAGAACAAAAAAAGUAUUUUUUCUAGUAUGCCCCCAAAUAACCGGUUUGUAUGUAGAAGCAUUUCCUGACUUAUGAAGCAAAUCUUUUAAGUGUUUUUGGAUCUUCAUCUGUGUAUUUAAAUCCAAAGUGUUUCCACACAAACAAACUGACUCUACCAUUUUCAUUUGCUAAAGUCUGCCGCUGCUGCUGUUGUUGUUCCUCAUUUGCCAUUUCAUACGUGUGCAGUUUUGGUCGUUGUGAGUUUUUCAGUGCAAAAUAGUGGCGUUUACCACAGUUUCCACUGCUGCUCUCCUUAUUCUGCCAUCUUUACUCAUGUUGACUUUUUAAACCAUGACCACCCUAAGCACAUAAAUUCAGCCCGCAGCAAACGGCAGACAUUACAAAUUAGGAGCUUUGUUGAGAAGUUGAAUAUGGCAAAAAUAAUAACAAUUUUUUAAAAUUGCUUUUUGAAGAUUACAUUGUUUUUUGUGAUCAGUUGUUUGAAAUUUGUUUUACCCAUUUUUAUAAGUAGCUUAGAGGAGCCUCUGAGUCAUGUCAUAUUUACAGCCAGGGGAAACAGAAUGUCAUGAACUACUAAAUAAAGGUUCCUAGCCUCUGUGAUCAACUUUAUAAAGUACAGUUAAAUUACAUUUAUUUUAAAGCAAUUCUUAGAGGUACCAAUAACUGUGCCACCUGUUUUUUCCCCUUGCAUAAAUUUAAUUGUUCAGGAUGAGAUAUUGCUAUUGCAAUAAAAGAUGCAUUUAUUUUAAAGCUUUUAACAUAUCUUUUCCAGAGUUUCCAGUAAAUGUUGCCAGCAAUACAUGCAUUACCAGAGGUGUACAUAUGACAUCAUGUACGUUUAAACCAACUGCAUUUUCUCUACAUUAACUUAACCACCGGCUCACACAGGACUCAGCUGUGGGUGAUUGUUACUGAGGCUAUUGAGUUAAUGUGUAAUUGUUUCCUACAUUUUAAAAACUGAGGUACAUUCACAGGACAGUCUUCUGCACUUUGGCUCUAAUUCCAAAGAGGAAAUUUCUGCAUAACUAAUUCACAAGAGAGGAUCAAAAAUCCUAAACCUGCUACCACUGUAGUAAAAUGUUUAUCAGGUACAGAGAGGUACUUUGUGCAACAGUUGAGCUGUAUCCCAGGAAGUAAGCUGCAGUUCUUUGUAGGUGACUGGUUUUGCACUGAUUACAGCACUACUUGGAAAAGGUCCCUGUGUCUUUCAGUGACUCACGUCAUCCUCAUUUACAUGACUAAACAGACUUUAUACAGUAUUUUUCAAAUAGUGACUGAAAUAUUUCAUUAAGCAUGAAUAUUAAACAGAUCAUAGUAUUGUCACUUCAGCAUUAGCACCAGUUAAUAUUUGCUCAUGUUGGAACACGUGCACAAUGUACCAAAGAUUCAAGGUAACAGAGGAAAAGAUGCACAAAUAGAGUAUUACAGCUCAACAUUAACACUAGCCUAAAGUACAUGAACAUUAAUUGUUAGUGCUGUCUUUUAGAAUGUAUGAUAUGUUUUGUACAAAAUCUUUUUAUAUUAAUGAACCUUAUGGUUGUUGCCUUCCUUGUGUGUGUGUGUGUGUGUGUGUGUGUGUGUGUGUGUGUGUGUGUGUGUGUGUGUGUGUGUGUGCACGUCUAUGUUUUUUGGUUUUCUUCUUUGUAACUGUUAUCCUUUAUUCUGAUUUUUUUUGCUGGCAAAAGAUUAUCACCUUUAGCAAAAGAAAGCUAUUUUAGUUGCAAAAACUAAUAGAAUAAAGUGAAGUGUUUUAUUUUCUGUACAAUUUUCUACAUUUUUAUACAUAUGUGCUAUAUUUUACCAGUUCAUGAAUAAACAUGCAGUUUGA